CCUCGCCCUGUUCAUCGCCUUGGCCUGCAGGGGAGUAGCUGAAUGCCAGCAGGAAAUGGGGCUGGACUCUCCUCCCUAGGAGGAGGGCUGGGUUUAUUCCGGGGCACAGACUGUCUGUCCGUCCUUCCUUACAGGAAAAAGGACUCAGGGAGCAGAGAGAAGACUGUUCCUCACUUGGCUUUACCAAGCAGGAGAAGGCUUGACAGAUCAGCCCAUCUGCUGGUGCCAAAAGGAUCCCAGGAACACCAUCUGAGGAGAGAAAAUGUUGGCUGCCUAUUUUGAUUGCCCAGGAGGCCCAGAAAAUCUUUAUAUGAAAGAAGUGAUGAAACCAAAUCCAGGAGAAGGAGAAGUUCUUGUGAAGGUCUUUGCCAGUGCUCUAAACAGGGGUGAUUUACUCCAGAGGACAGGGAAUUACCCUCCCCCCAAAGGAGCAAGUGACAUUUUAGGCCUGGAGGCAGCUGGGAGCGUGGCUGAGCUGGGUCCCGGCUGCUCGGGCCGCUGGAGGAUCGGCGAUGCUGUGAUGGCUCUGCUCCCCGGGGGAGGCCAGGCCCAAUACGUGACAGUGCCUGAAGGCCUCCUGAUGCCAAUUCCCAAAGAUAUGACUUUUAUCCAGGCUGCAGCCAUUCCUGAAGCCUGGCUAACAGCAUUUCAGCUGCUCCAUUUUGUAGGUAAAGUACAGGAGGGUGAGAGAGUGUUGAUCCACGCUGGAGCCAGCGGGGUUGGCAUGGCAGCCAUUCAGCUGGUGAGACUGGCAAAGGCCAUUCCCAUUGUAACAGCAGGAACUCAAGAGAAACUGGAGGCAACAGCAAAAGCUGGAGCAGCUGCAGGGUUCAACUACAAGAAUGAAGAUUUCAGUGAAAAGGUCUUGGAGUUCACCCAAGGUUCUGGAGUAGAUAUUAUUUUAGAUUGUGUUGGGGCCUCACACUGGGAGAAGAAUCUCAACUGUCUAAGUACUGAUGGCCGGUGGAUUAUUUAUGGACUGCUGAGUGGAGGUGAAGUCCAUGGGGAUUUGCUGGCAAGGCUGGUUUCCAAAAGAGCCAGCAUCCACACGAGCCUGUUACGGACCCGAGACAAGGAGUACAAGGAGCGGCUGGUGAGAGCCUUCACAGAGGAGGUGCUGCCCCAUUUUUCCGGAGGAGCUUCCCCGCGGCUGCAGCCCCUCGUGGACAGCGUUCACCCCCUGCACGCCAUCGCUGAGGCACACAGGGCUAUGGAGGAGAACAAGAACAUCGGCAAAAUUGUCAUCGAAAUUCCCGUUUGCGGCAAGAAAGGGCCGCCGCAGUAGCUGCUCUGGGACAGUCACUGUGGGGGCCGCACUGCGGCCAUCCCGCCGCGUCUGCUCCACACGGCAACCGACUCAUGUGGGUGGCGAGGAGGGGGAAAGAAUAAGGAGGAAGCGUUUAUUAAAGAGGUUCAUG